CGGCAGUAGUUGAGGAGGUCGGCCCCGCCCCUUCCUCUUUCUCUCGAACCAGGCGGCCUCAGCCGUGAACAACGCCGAGAUGGCCAAGAUUAAGGCUCGGGACCUGCGCGGCAAGAAGAAGGAGGAGCUGUUGAAACAACUGGACGAUCUGAAGGUGGAAUUGUCCCAGCUCCGGGUCGCCAAAGUGACAGGCGGCGCCGCGUCCAAGCUCUCCAAGAUACGAGUCGUUCGCAAAUCCAUCGCCCGGGUCCUCACUGUUAUUAACCAGACUCAAAAGGAAAACCUCAGGAAGUUCUACAAGGGCAAGAAAUACAAGCCACUAGACCUGCGACCCAAGAAGACUAGAGCCAUGCGCCGCCGGCUCACCAAGCACGAGGAGAAGCUGAAGACCAAGAAGCAGCAGCGGAAGGAGCGGCUGUACCCUCUGCGCAAGUACGCAGUCAAGGCCUGAGAUGACAAUGACAAUAAAGUGCAAGACUGAGUGGCU